GCUUCCCUGGGCAGCGCUCGGCGAUCAGCGACUGGCAGGGACCUUCCAGUUGCAACAAGCUGAUAGCGGCGAUGGGGCAGGGCGACGGCAGCUGGCCGCGACACUGAGCGCCCGACGUUGGUGCCGCCCGCGUUAAGCCAGUCGCCAAGCUCUUUGCUCCUCUUUUCAGGCCGAAAAGGUGCCGGACACUUUUGGGGGGCGAGGGAUCGCUGCGGCGCGCGCUCCCUCUCCAGGCGCAACUUGCCGAGCGGAUUCUUCCCCGCCCCUUUCCGAUCCAUCCAUGCCCCGACCUGAACUUUAGCUGCCCCUGGGGCUCCGCGGAGGGAGCCACCCAAAGCUCGGAAGCCGCGAAUAUGAUUUGAAAGCUCGGGUGCGAAAAGGGGGAAGAGCGCGACUUGCCGAGGUUGGGGUGGGAGACUUCGGAAGAUGAGCCACGCAGAUCUUACAAAACCACCACUGGCUCCCAAACCAAAGAUCUUCAGUCAUCUGGCUUCCAUAGCUGCUUCCAAAUUUCCUCCAUCACUAUCAAGGGCUGGCACACUUCAUAAUUCAAACUCUAUGUCUAGGGGUCCAAAACCACCCAUUGCUCCUAAGCCAAAAAUCUCUGCUGACAACGAUCCCACAAUUUUACAGAGAUCCAGCGUUUAUGCUAAUAAUACCUUUAACAAAUAUCCCAAUGGAAAACUGGAAGGAGAACUGUAUGAAGAAAACCAGUGCAACAACACGGACUGUCCAGAAUCUGAAGAUGGCAAUGAAUACAUUGUAAUUCCUGAUGUUGAACUGACCGAUAAAACAUACAGUGACUUUGAGCAGGAGCCAGCCGAGAAUGAGAUUUUGCACACUCUUGAGCCAGUAGGUGAGGAAGAUGGUAAUUGUACGGAUAGCAAUGACGUAUGCGAUGGCCUGAUAAAUGUAAUGAAGAACAAGGAUACUGAAUCGGUGGGAGACAACUCUGUGGAAUCAACUGAAAUCCCAGCACUUGACUGCCCUGAAUCUGAAAGUGAAAAAGAAGAUGCUGCAAGAGAUGAAUUUGAAAAAGUGGACACUGAAGAUCCUCCCAGUGAGACACAAAUGAACUGUGCAGAUGAAACUCAAAGCAAACUGGAUUUGGUAAAUGAGAACAAUGAGUAUAAUAUGGAUGGCAAAAUAUUGAAUGGGGAAUCUUUGAAAGAAACCAUAUACGAUGAUAUCAUUUUAAGACAUUUAGAGGAGCCAAUAUCAGCAGGGGAAGGUCUGCCUCUAAUUUGCAAAGGUUUAGAUGCAAUACAGUUUUUAGAAGAGGAACAAUUAAAUACUGAUCUAGAAUUGGGCCCAGCAAAUCACAAUGAUAAUGAUUCAGCCUGGACUAGAGAAAGAGAGUUUAUAGAAGAUGUUGAUGUAAAUACUGAUGCUCACAUUGCUAACGAUUCUGAAGUGGACACGGGGUUAGAACCAAGUGGGUCUGAGCUUGGUAUUGAAGAGACUUUUAAUGGGGCUACAAAUGAAAUGGAUGAAAAGGAAGAUGAAAUAGACCUAAAUGCUGAGGGAGAAGAUCUUGACAAUGUUUGCCAAACUUCUGAAAUGAAGAAUGUGGUAGAAAUAACAGAGACUGAAUGUGAAUCAGGGGAAGAUUCUGGAGAACAAAAUGAAAUGAUAGACGCAGAGACGAUGGAUGAUAGCUGCCAGAUCAUUCCCUUUGGAAAUGAGGGCAGUGAGGAUGCUCAGGAUUCUCCAGAUGAAGAUCUGAGUGAAGAUUUGUCAGGAAAAGAGAUGGAAAUGCCUGAUAAUAAUCCAUCCCUCAGUUCUGAAGAUACUAAUGGGCACAAGUCUGACUCGCAGCUUAGAAAAGAAUCUACGCCAGAUGUCUUACUUGGAGAUCACAGCGCAAGUGAAUGUACUUUAGAAGAUACACAUUUGAAUCAACAAAUACUUAAGGUGGAUCAUAGCAAUAAAGAGGAAACUGCCCCAAAUCUAACCAGAGAAACAUCAUCUGAAAAUUCUGAGCUUUCUAUUGGAGAAUUGGCUAAACUGGAAACAAACUCAAUCAAUGAAUAUGCGAUUGAGGAAGCCACAGUGGUCUCCGAAGUGUCAGUUGUGCCUGAUACCAAUAGAGAAGUAGCCAGUGAUUCCCUAGAUGACCCUUAUGUCCUUGGAGACACUUUGCCUACAGCAAAUGAAAUUCUUUAUGCUGGAAGAGAAACACAGGAGGCUGAUAUCCAAAACAGCUCAAGCGAUUUCAGGGAGGGAGAGAACGCAGAAAAUGAAAGCCACUUGCUUUCCAUCGAUCGGAAAAACAUUGUUACUAGAACAAGGUCCCACUCUGGGAAAGUACCUGGUUAUGUGCCAGAAACCGUUCCAGAAGAAACAGGGACAGACACUGAAUUGCAGACCUUGAGCACAAACACCAUUAUUACUGAAAAUGUAAGACACAGUUUCUGUUGGGCAGAAGGAAAACCUAUAGAACUGGCUAGAACGCUGCCUGCAAAGCCGAGGCGCUUCAUUUUGUACCCUCGAUCUUAUUCAGUGGAAGGCAGAGACAUCCCUGUCUCUCUGUAUCGAGAAGCCGAUAGCUCUAUAUUAGAUUAUAACAGAUUAAACAGGACAAAUGAGCUGUCAUUGCCAUACGUAAUUGGUUCCUCAGGUAGCUUUUCCCAGAGGAAUCACCUCACAUCCAGUGGGGUUUCCACUCCUUCCUCUGUCGUUGAUAUUCCACCUCCCUUUGAACUAGCCUGUAUCACCAAGAAACCCAUCACAAAGAGCUCCCCGUCACUUUUAAUAGACAGCGAAUCUCCCGAUAAGUAUUGCAAGAAAAAGAAGUCCUCGUUUAAAAAAUUUCUCACUUUGAAAUUCAAGAAGAAGGCAGAAAACAAAGUCCACGUAGACGUUCAUGUUUCUUCUUCAAGAUCCUCCUCGGAGUCUAGUUAUCACGGACCUUCCAGGGUAAUGGAACUGGACAGAAGGAGUUUGAGUAGUUCCCCUCAGCUUUUAUCACGGACUGCCAAACUGAGGGCUUCUGAGUCUCCGACUGUUCUUUUCUAUAAGGAUGGCAAGAGAAAAGGAACACCCAAGAUGUUUAGCAGAAGUGUGUCAAGGGUAGAGUCAUUUGAAGAUCGUUCGAGGCCACCAUUUAUGCCUCUGCCUUUAACGAAGCCCCGGUCCAUUUCAUUUCCCAAUGCUGAUACUUCUGACUAUGAGAAUAUCCCAGCCAUGAAUUCUGAUUAUGAAAACAUACAAAUACCUCCACGAAGGCCCACUAGGGCAGGAACCUUUACUGAAUUUUUUGAAGAUCCUAGCAGGGCCUUAUCUGCUGCAAAUGAGAAUGACGGCUAUGUGGAUAUGAGCAGCUUUGCAGCCUUUGAAAACAAUAAACAGCAAACCACCAACCAGGAAACAGAAAGUGCUUAUACAGAGCCUUACAAGGUGUGCCCCAUCUCUGUAAUUCCCCUUGAAGAUGUCACAUCUGAUGAGGAACAGAAAAGUUCAGAAGAUGAAGACAGUAAUCAAGGAGAUUCCAAUAUCAUCCACAAGAAAGAAGGGCAAUCCAGAGCUCAACUUGUCGCCCAGGAGCUUGUGUCAUCAGAAAAAGUGUAUGUGAAGAUGCUCCGGCUGUUACAUACGGAUUUCCAUGAAGCUGUCUUAAAAGUGCUGGGAGAUGAAUAUGACAGUGAUCAUGAAGAAACAAAGCUCAAGGAAGGACUGAAGGAAAUCCCAGAAAUCUACAAUCUACACCAAGAAAUAUUAGAGGAACUGGAAGAAAAAGUUCUUAACUGGGAAGAGCAUCAGAAAGUGGCUGAUACUUUCAUCUCCAGAGAAUCAGGAUUUAAUCACCACACAACUUAUAUAAUGCAGUUUGAUAGGAAUUUGGCAUUGCUGGAUGAUGUUCGCCUUAAAUCUUCCCAGCUGGAUACUAUCAUUAAAGAGUUUGAGCAGGUUCGUGAUGGCAGUCUCUUGAAUGUGAAACACCAGCUCUUGAAAGUGGUGCAGCGCAUAUUCCAGUACCAUGUGCUACUCACAGAUUACUUGAAUAACCUCUGCCCUGAUUCUGCUGAAUAUGAAGAUACACAAGCGGCAUUGCUCAUCAUAUCAGAACUUACAGAUAGAGCCAAUGAUAGCAUACAACAAGGGGAAAAUUUGCAGAAAUUGGUACAUAUAGAGCACAGUGUCAAGGGACAGAGCAACCUUCUACAACCAGGAAGAAUAUUUCUGAAAGAAGGGACAUUAAUGAAAGUGUCUGGAAAAAAUAGGCACCCUCGACAUUUAUUCUUGAUGAAUGACGUCCUGCUGUAUACAUAUCCCCAGAAGGAUGGCAAAUAUCGCCUUAAAAACACAUUGGAUGUGUCGGGAAUGAAGGUCAGCCGUCCAGCAACGAAAAAGGCUCAGAACGUUCUGAAGAUUGAAUAUGCUGAAAACUGCCUAACUCUGUCUGCAAGCUCAUGCUCUGAAAGGGACGAGUGGUACAGCUGCAUCAGCAGAAGCAUCCCAGAAGACCAUGGGGCUCACAGUGGAGGUGGCUUUCACAACAGUGUUGAACUUAGGGAAAGGCUGGGAAUGUCUUUGGGUGAGAGGCCACCGACUUUGGUACCUGUAUCUCACGUCAUGAUGUGUAUGAGCUGCGGUUGUGACUUUAAACUCACACUGAGGCGUCACCAUUGCCAUGCAUGCGGGAAGAUUAUAUGCCGAAAUUGUUCAAGAAACAAGUAUCCUCUGAAGUACCUCAAAGACCGACUAGCAAAAGUUUGUGAUGGCUGCUACACAGAACUGAAAAGCAGAGGUGAUUCCUUUUUGCCCAUUGGAAACAUUGGGGUCUCUGUUGGCAAAGAGCGGCCGAUAAGCAUAAGCUUCCCUACAAGUUCAUCCAGGUUUUCAGGCAGUGCCUUCUCUUCUGUGUUCCACAAUAUCCACUAUUCUUCCUUCAAAAGACAAAAGAAAAUUCCUUCAGCUCUUUUGGAGGUGGCAGCUUCAGGAGAAGGUUCUUCUAUCAAUGGGUAUCUCAGCAGAUGCAAGAGAGGGAAAAGGCACUGGAAAAAAUUGUGGUUUGUUAUCAAAGGAAAAGUGCUCUACACAUACACAGCAAAUGAAGACAAAGUCGCCACUGAGAGUAUGCCUUUGCUGGGUUUCACAAUUGUCCCAGAAAAGGAAGAUCGAAAUAUGGAUGCAGUUUUCCAUCUUUACCACAAGCAAACUCUGUUUUAUAGCUUCCGAGCAGAGGAUAAUAAUUCAGCACAGAGAUGGAUUGAAGCCAUGGAGGAAGCAUCUAUAUUAUAGCAUCAUCCAAGUGGAUUCUGAUUUAAUGCAAGAUUACCCAUAUAUUGGAAAGAACAAUAUAUAUAAUCCAAAUCUGGCUAAACAUAUGAAAAAGAAUAUGUAGAAGCCUAUAAUUUUCCAUUCUUAAACCUAUCUCCUUGCUGAUGGAAACAAAACGAAGGGAAUAUUUAUGGAUCCUUUUUAUCUUUGCAAGUUCAUCACUAAACUGUGCUCUCAUCUAACAGUUGCAGUUAGAGUUCAAGAAAUUAAACAAACAUGCAUUUCUUCUAAGAGUUGUUUACUCAUAACUCUGUUUUAUUUUCUUUAAAAUAACAACAAUUUGUGCCAGUCAUAAAACGGAAGGUUUUUUACAUUAAAAUUUUGUUGCCUUUCUUCUUUCUUAAAAGAAUGCUAGAAUGAAGAGAUAUACAUAAUUUCUACCAUAGAAAGUAUGUGAAAAUCCAUUCCAAGCUGGCACUUUAGUGGUUAUAUACCUUCUAUGGUAAUUGUAUAGUAUUUCUCAUAAACAAUGGUAACAGUUUAGCUUUGUUUAUUAGGACUCUUAAUCCACUCCAAAUACCAGUCCAGUUCUUAUGAAGACUGUACCAACGUCUACUCCAAAGGAUAUUAAAACAUUAAUUUAUUAUAAGCCUUUACAGUUUGUUUAAUAUUGAUUUACGGUAUCUAAAUUAUAUUAUUUUAAUAGUGGAGAAGAGCAGAUCUUAUUUAUAAAUCUUAUUCUUAAAAUAUAAUUCUAAACCCAAAACAGGCAUCAACUUCAGAAAGGAAGAGCAUUUAAUUAUAUUUAUUCAGUAACCUAGAAAAGCUCUGGAAAGCCUUGCCUAAAUCUUAUCUUCCAACAGUUAUAUAGGAUGUCGGUCUCUACUAUUGGAGCAACCAAUAUUGUUAAUGCUAUUAUGCUAUUAUCAGCUCAAAAAUGAUGGUUCAGAUUCCAUUGUAUUUAGCCAGCUGAUCAAAUGCAAGCAUACUGUAGUUGUUGCUAUAACUACUAUUUCUGAUAAAGUGCAUGGAUGGUGUUUGGCAGUAGCCAUAGCACGUCAUGACUGCAUUCAUACAACAUGCUUAACCAGGUCAAUUAAAGUCUUAACAGCUGCAUUUGUACAAAAUGCUGAAUUAGUGUUAGCCUUGAUUUGCUUUUGCAUGGCUAAACUAACUCACUACAGUCCAGUGUAUCUCACAAUCCUGAAUAUGAGUUAAUUGGUUAAUUCGUUAACUAAUUUAUGAUCUCCUAUGACAGCAGACACAUUAUGCUCCAGGGAGUACAAGUAAUCAAGGUCUUUAAAGUUUUGCUCUCAUUAAAGUUUAGAUUAUGUGCAUAGCCUAAAGGCCAGGUUUUAAAUAUAAUGGGGCUGUGCAAAGCAUUUCAAAAAGAUGUCUUGCAAAGUAUGAUAACUGUAAGCAGAACCCCCCUCCUUGAAACAUUACUGUAAAGCAAAGCAGCCUUGUCUUCCUGAAAAUUUGCAGAGUUGCUUCCAAGGCUGCCCUCAGCUGGCAAUAACAUCCACAAAAAACUACAAACUGAAACUCACUGAGACCACAAACAAAACCAACAGGUGAUAUGUGCACCACACAUGCCCACAGUCCGAAAUACUUAUGUGAGCCUUCCAAAGAAUGCAGCAGCUUGAACCCAUGGCAGAAGAUGACUUCAUUUAUAUCAACACACCUCCCAUACCACCCCCAAACCACCAAAUGCUUGGCACAACAAUGAAGCAGAAUACAUCAAUGGGGCAUAGAUCACCUUGUCUCAAAAUGUUUUAUACCCAAUAAAGGUUUAAAAUAAGGUUUAAAGACUAAUAGAGCAACACUAAUGUGAUGCGUGAUUUGUUGCAGAAACACUCUGCUACCAAUAAAGUGUUUAGGAUGGAGAUUUCAGUAUUGUGCUGAUCAAACAGCAUAACCAAUAUUAUCGCAAAACUGAUACAAUUCUGC